AUGUUCCGCGAUGAGACUGAAUCUGUCGCGCGGAAGGCGCGUUCUUCUCAGUCUUCUGCGGCUUCUACCCCAUCUUCAUCUAGAUCCCGAAUGGCGUCCCGAUCGCCUCGUUCCGUUUUCCCGGGACGAAUUUACCCAUCCUCCGUGACAACUAAACAUGUAUCUACAGGCUUUGGUUUCCAUUCCGAUCCUGAGCACACAUUUUGUAUGCACCAGGCUAGACAAAGUCCCGUUGAGACACACCCCAACACGACAAUUUCAAAGCAGGAGGCUGUUUGCUUUUUCCUCCAGUCCCACGCCAGUUCCGGCAGUUUUCUAGCAACCGACAUUUUGACAAAAUUUCUCACGGAUUCUAGUGAGUCACUAGGUCAACGGGCUAUACAAUGCAGCAUCGACGCGGUUGCCAGCGCCAUGUUCUCGCGUGUUCGAAGAGUCGCAUCACUAAAACACACCGCACUUCAAGAAUAUGGAUCUGCGCUGAAGUUAGUCAAUCAGGCGCUCGCAAAUCCCGACGAGGCUAAGACGGACCAGACGCUUGGUGCGGUUGUUCUUUUAUCAUUAUAUGAAAUCAUCAUGUCAAGAGCUCCGCAGGGCAUCGAGGGCUGGAUGAAUCAUAUUUGUGGAGCGGCAGCUCUACUACAACACCGGGGGGCUGCACAAUUGCAAAGUGACGUAGGAAUCCGGCUUUUUCUGCAUGUGAGAUAUCAGAUCAUCAUCAGUUGUCUCCAGCGCGAUGUGCAUGUACCCAGCUCGCUACUGGAAUGUGUAACACUCGAUAUAACCCCCGCAAGAAAUUAUGCCCUUGGCACUGAAAUCAUCUUAAUUAUCGGCAAUUUGUCGAAUCUGCGUGCAAGUAUUCAUGCGCAAGCCUUGAAUGAUCCCCAAGAGAUCAUCAGUGCGGCUUGUGCCAUCGAAGCAGACCUUCUUGCCUGGUUAGCCGCUCUGCCACCUGACUUUACGUAUACUAGCUAUGCAAUCAUGCCAUUGGACCGUUCUUUCGAACGCCGCUGUCACGGAAUUCGACCCUACAACGAUGAAUACCACAUCUAUCCAGACAUUUGGGCUGCUAAUUGCUGGAAGCACUAUCGUUGCGCACGCAUUCUUGUCAGUGAACUUAUAUUAUCCCAAGUCCACAAGCUAUCCAACCGCUCGCCUACCUCCGUAUCCGACGACUUUCGUUUAUACUGCAUGUCUCUACGGUCGACCAUCCGUCGCCUAGGUGCCGACAUCUGCCGCAGUGUCCCAUUUUACCUGGGCGCGUGCAACUCGAAGGUGCUCCCAGAUGCGCCUAUACUCCCACCAGAGAGCUACCUGGGUGGCCUUAUGAUGCUCUGGCCCUUAGUCAUUGCCGGCAUGGUCGAGGGACCGACUGAUCCACAGCGGCGGUGGGUAAUACAGUGUCUCCAGACGAUAGGGAACACGUGGGGACUGGCACAAGCCCUAGCAUUGAUGGAUCUUCUCAUCGUGGACCCGGGAAUGUUCCAUUCUGUGGAAAUAUAUGGCGAAGCCGCUGAUACGGCAGCUGGAUUGCUGGAAGUACUUCCGUUCUCCAUCUACCAUGUGUCGUAUCAUGAUCUUCCUGCGUUGAGGGAGUAUCGAGAGCUCCAGGCAUCUUCGGCCUAA